AACCUCUGGACCUCCGGAAGGGGAAAUGGGAAGAAGGACCCCUGGAAGAGGGAACGGGAAAAGGGACCCUCGGGACCCCUGGUUGGGCGUAUGGGGAAAGGGACUUCUGGAUCCCCGGAAGGGGGAACGGGGAGAGGGACCCCGGGGGAUCCCGGCUGGGGGGAAUGGGGAGAGGGACAUCCGGGAUUCCUGGUAUGGGGAAUUGGACCUUGGGGACCCCCGGAAGAGGGAGUGGGGAGAGGGUCCCCCAGGAUCCCUGGAACGGGCAGAGGGACCCCCGGGCUCCCCCCUGGGGCCUCCGCCUCCCACGUCACGUGACCCGCGCGGUGCCCGGUCACGUGACGCCGCCCCGUUCUGUCGCCCCCCCCUCAAGAGCCGCCUCCCAUCGAUGUGCGGGCGCUCGAUGCAGCCGCCUUCGCGGAGGAGCGUCCUGCGGGCCCGGCCGCCCCCGCCGCUGCCGCCGCCGCCGCCGCUCGAUGCGCUCCGCGCUCCCGCCGCCAUCUUAGGGGCAGAGCGCGGGCGGCAGAAGGAAGGGUCGGCCCCUCCAAGGCAGUCCUUGCUCACAAUGUAUAGGACAAAAGUCAGUUUGAAAGACCGUCAGCAACUUUACAAACUGAUCAUUAGUCAGCUGCUCUAUGAUGGAUACAUCAACAUUGCCAAUGGCUUGAUAAAUGAGAUCAAACCUCAGUCUGUCUGUGCUCCAUCUGAACAACUGCUGCACCUAAUUAAGUUAGGCAUGGAGAACGAUGACAGCGCUGUCCAAUACGCAAUUGGCCGGUCGGAUACGGUGGCUCCGGGCACAGGAAUUGACCUGGAGUUCGAUGCAGACGUGCAGACCAUGUCUCCUGAGGCCUCAGAGUAUGAGACCUGCUAUGUCACAUCUCACAAAGGGCCCUGUCGUGUGGCCACCUACAGCAGAGAUGGACAGUUAAUAGCCACGGGCUCUGCUGAUGCCUCCAUCAAAAUCCUGGAUACGGAGAGGAUGUUGGCCAAGAGUGCCAUGCCCAUUGAGGUCAUGAUGAAUGAGACAGCACAGCAAAACAUGGAAAACCACCCUGUUAUCCGGACUCUGUAUGAUCACGUGGAUGAAGUGACAUGUUUAGCUUUCCAUCCAACAGAACAGAUCCUGGCAUCUGGUUCAAGGGACUACACACUUAAGUUGUUUGAUUAUUCAAAACCUUCUGCCAAAAGAGCCUUCAAAUAUAUACAGGAAGCGGAGAUGUUGCGCUCCAUUUCUUUCCACCCCUCUGGAGAUUUCAUCCUGGUUGGGACCCAGCACCCGACGUUACGACUGUACGACAUCAACACCUUCCAGUGCUUCGUGUCCUGCAACCCCCAGGACCAGCACACGGACGCCAUCUGCUCCGUCAACUACAACACCAGCGCCAACAUGUACGUGACGGGCAGCAAGGAUGGCUGCAUCAAACUCUGGGAUGGGGUCUCCAACCGCUGCAUCACCACCUUUGAGAAGGCACACGAUGGGGCCGAAGUCUGCUCUGCUAUUUUUUCCAAAAAUUCCAAGUAUAUCUUGUCGAGUGGAAAAGACUCUGUAGCUAAGCUCUGGGAGAUAUCCACCGGUAGGACGCUGGUCAAAUACACAGGAGCCGGUUUGAGUGGCCGACAAGUACACAGGACACAAGCUGUCUUCAACCACACAGAAGAUUAUGUGCUGCUCCCAGAUGAAAGGACCAUAAGUCUCUGCUGCUGGGAUUCCAGAACUGCUGAGCGGAGGAACCUCCUCUCCCUCGGGCACAACAGCAUCGUCCGCUGCAUCGUCCACUCCCCCACCAACCCCGGCUUCAUGACCUGCAGCGACGACUACAGGGCCAGGUUUUGGUACAGGAGGUCAACAACAGACUAAGGACAGCUUUACAGACAGGGGUGAUCCAACUCACACACCACCUUGUGUUGAUUGUACCGCCAGCAGCUGCCUGCAUGAAAACCUUGCUGUGUCUGGGUUUUAAUUCUGUCAAAUGUGGCAGGAAAACAACAAAAUACUGAGACUCUUUGCCCCACACUAAUUUUUUUAUUAGUGUGUGUGGUUUAAUUUUUGUAAGUCAUCUCUAAUAGUACUCAAGGGAAGGGGUGGAGAAUAAAAUGAUCCUGGCAGGAAGGGCUAAACUUUUUCUCCUGCCUUUCUGAAUCACAAAAAAGAUAAUGUGACUGUGUCUUGCUCAAACUGGGCAGAAUGAGCCAUUUCUGCUCCGUGUUUUGUCUGUGCAAUCCCACUGAAGUCUGUUAAUGGAUUACACAAGGAGCAGCAGAACUUGGCAGAUACUUUAAUGAAGCCUUAAGCUGCCUUCAGCCCCAAUUCAUCCUUUGUAAAGCUCUGGUUUGUAUCGUUUAGUCUGGGGGUUUGGUGGAUCUUUUUUUUUUAUUUUUUUGAAUUGGCCAAGUGGACCUUCAGUUCUGAGCUGUCUUGUGCCAAAAGAAUUCAAACAGGAUUUUAAAUUGUUUAGAUGAAUUCAAGAAAUGGUCUUCUAGUUCUGGUGUUUAAACCUCAGACUCCAUCUCAUCUUCUUUUGAAUUUAUCUGAACAAGUGGGACUUCAUAAUAAAUUCAUAAUAUUUUCAAGGAAUAUCCACAUUGCAACUAAAAUGUGACAGCACUGCUGCAGAUGAAAAUGGGAAUUAUUUUGCCUUAGAGACCUUUAGUACCCUCUCAAAGCAAGAAACCUGUGCAUAUGAAUUUUUGUAUAUGUACCUCAGAAACGUCACUGUUUCAUUUUACCGAGAAUUUUUCAUGCUCUGUUACACAGCAUUGAAUGACAUUCUUUUUUAAUUACUUAAAAACCCAGUGCAGAUCAUUAAGAGACUGUGCUUAAAACUUCCUGUAAGUUUGAAAAUUCACUACUUAUUUUCACAGAGGACAGCCUGAGCAGAGUUGUAAACAUGUUUUCUCAGGCCUCCUUGUGCAGGGCUCUUGAGUGUCACAUCUGGGAGGUUCCUUUGGUCCAAGCUCAGCACUUGCCUUCAUGAGGAUUUUUAAAUGUAAGAUUGUUCUUGCUGCUGGAUUAACUUCCCAUUACACUGAUGAAUUGUCAAGGGCUGAUGAGGGUACAGGUUUUGUCUGUAUUUAAAUAAAAAUUGCCUUUUAAAAAGUUCUUUGAUACAUAAA